GACAGUGGUGAGCUCCGAACCGCGAGUUUGUUGCGGCUUCUUCCGCGCGCCCGGAGAGCUUCGGCUCACCUGAGCACUUGCGCCUCGUCCCUCUCGCAAACUUUUGAGAGACCCGCCGGCUACCGGGAACGCCCGGGGGUCGUGCCCCUCGCUCGCAUCCUUCGGGUGGGAAAGCAGAGGCCGGAGAAGUGGGAGUCCGGCUGGCCCCUCUGGGAAUAUGGCGACCGGUGGCUACCGGACCAGCGGCGGCCUCAGCGGCAGCACCACCGACUUCCUGGAGGAGUGGAAGGCGAAGCGCGAGAAGAUGCGCGCCAAGCAGAACCCCCCGGGCCCGACCGCCCCGGCGGGGGGCAGCAGCGACUCGUCCGGGAAGCCCCCGGUGGGGGCUCCAGGCACCUCUGCGCCCGCGGAGGUCAACAACAACGUCCCGGGUGGCCCGGCCGCACCUGCUGCCCCCGGCCCUGGUGGUGUGAACUGCGCGGUCGGCCCCGCCGCUCUGCCCCGUGCGGCCCCCGGUUCCCGGCGGCCAGAGGACGAGAGCCCCGUUGCCGCCGCUGCCGCCUCGGCCUCGGGGAUCCCGGCGCCCCGGGGCGACGAGGAGGAGCCGGAUGGCCCCCCGGAGAAGGGCAGGAGCUCCGGCCCCAGUGCCAGGAAAGGCAAGGGGCAGAUCGAGAAGAGGAAGCUGCGGGAGAAACGGCGCUCCACCGGCGUAGUCAACAUCCCCGCCGCAGAGUGCUUAGAUGAAUAUGAAGAUGAUGAAGCAGGGCAGAAAGAGCGGAAGCGGGAAGAUGCAAUUACACAACAGAACACCUUGCAGAAUGAGGCUGGGAGCCUACUAGAUCCAGGCAGCUCCUUUCUGCCACAAGAAUCAUCUAGAACAGUUUCAGGCAGAUACAAAAGUACAACCACUGCCUCAGAAGAUGAUGUCUCAAGUAGAUAUCCCCGAACAGACAGAAGUGGGUUCAGUAGAUACAGCAGAGAGGCAAAUGUUGCAAGUACUUUGGCCUCAAGUAGCACGUUGGAAAAGAAAAUCGAAGAUCUUGAAAAGGAAGUAGUAAGAGAAAGGCAAGAAAACCUAAGACUUGUGAGACUGAUGCAAGAUAAAGAGGAAAUGAUUGGAAAACUUAAAGAAGAAAUUGAUUUGUUAAAUAGAGACCUAGAUGAUAUAGAAGAUGAAAAUGAACAACUAAAGCAAGAAAAUAAAACUCUUUUGAAAGUUGUUGGGCAGCUGACAAGGUAG